UUCAAUGAUAGCCUACUGCGCAGCAACAGUUUCUUUGUGCAUUCGAUUCAGUAAUCGCGUUUGUAAUUUAGUUCGAUUUAAAAUGGACUAAAAAAGAAGAAAACUAACACUGACAAGUAGAAGCGAUUUGGGAUCUUCAUAGCUGUGGACAUAUGGUGGAUCUUUGGUAAAAGUUGUAGCUCUUGCCUCAUUUAGAGCUACAACCACAAUCUAUGUGGCUUCAUAUCUGCAAAGCUCCUAUAGGUCCAGCUAUGCUGAUCCGACUGGAGGCAUCUGCGUUCCUGCUUCUCUUGAUAGUGGCUCCAGUUCACCUCCAAGAAGAAUGUCUGGGGAAUUCAUGCUAUCCUAACCUUGGUGACCUCAUGGUGGGCCGUGCCGCCCAGCUCUCUGCCUCCUCCACUUGUGGCAAAUACAGCCCGCAAAAAUAUUGCAUCCUGGGAUACCUGGAGAAUGAGCGGAAGUGUUUCACCUGUGAUUCCAGAAGACCCUACAAUCUGUACAACAAUCCCAACAGCCAUCGCAUAGAGAACAUCAUCACCACCUUCCAACCUCAGCGCAUGAUGAGCUGGUGGCAGUCUGAGAAUGGUGUUCAUGAAGUCAGCAUUCAGCUGGACCUGGAAACAAUGUUUCAGUUUAGUCAUCUGAUAUUGACGUUCAAGAGUUUCCGGCCUGCUGCCAUGUUGGUGGAGAGGUCAAAAGACUUUGGGCAAACCUGGAAGUUGUUCCGAUACUUUGCUGAAGACUGUGCCAACUCAUUCCCUGGAAUCGCAGAGGGGCCUGCAGAUAGUAUUGAUGACCUUAUCUGUGAUAGUCGUUAUUCUGGAGCAGAGCCUUCCACUGAUGGGGAGGUGGUGUUAAAAGCCUUGGAUCCCAGCUUUGACAUCCAUGAUCCAUACGACCCCACUAUACAAGAGUUGAUUACCUUGACGAACUUGCGGGUAAACUUUACCCGUUUGCUUACUCUGGGCGACACAUUGCUCACACGACGAAGGAGGAACCCACAGGACAAGUACUUUUAUGCCCUUUAUGAGAUGGUGGUCCGGGGGAGCUGCUUCUGCAAUGGCCAUGCCAGUCAGUGCAUCCCAGUGGACAGCACACGUGGAGAUACAUUCAGGGAGCCUGGCAUGGUGCAUGGUAGAUGUGUUUGCCAGCACAACACAGCAGGAUACAACUGUGAACAUUGUCAAGACUUUUACCAUGAUGCCCCCUGGAGGCCAGGUGGAAAAACUGACUCAGAUGUUUGCAGAAGGUGUAACUGUAAUGGCCACUCAGAGAAGUGUCACUUUGAUAUAUCACGCUACCUGGCCACAGGUGGAGUGAGUGGUGGUGUGUGUGAUGACUGCAGGAAUAAACGUAUUGGACCCCAGUGUGAGCUGUGCGAGCCAUAUUACUACCAGGACCCACAGCGCAAUGUGGAGGACCCCAAUGCCUGCAUGCCCUGUGACUGUGAUCCAGAUGGCUCAGUGGACCAAGGAUUUUGUGAUCCAGUGACCAGCCAAUGUUUGUGUAAACAGAACGUGGAAGGAGAGCGUUGUGACAGGUGCAAGUUUGGGUUCUAUGGGCUCAGCCGGGAUGACCCUAGUGGCUGCCAGAUGUGUAGGUGUAACUUCAUGGGCACCGUACAUACAGGCAGCCCUUGUGAUCAGACCACAGGAAGGUGUAUCUGUGAGCAAUUUGCUUAUGGUCCACAAUGUGACCAAUGUUUGCCAGGUUACUGGGGUCUUGGAAACACAGUCUAUGGCUGCUUACAUUGUGACUGUGACAUUGGUGGGGCCCUGAGAACUCUAUGUUCCUCAGAAGAUGGCCAGUGUGAAUGUAGGCCUAACAUGGUAGGUCACGGAUGUAGUGAGCCGGCCCCUGGAUAUUUCUUGGCUCCUCUUGAUUUCUACAUCUAUGAGGCUGAGAAUGCUGUGCCUCUGGUGGCAAUUUCUCCAUAUAUUCAGGUCCCUCCAUCAGAGUAUCCCCUAGAACAGAAAACUGAACAACCAACCAAGCUCCCUCUAUGCCCCCUUGCAGCAAAACCCUCCCCAACACCUUAUUACACCACUGAACCCCCUACAGUGAAACCUUCUCCAACCCCAUACAAUACCCAUGUCAGCCUACCCAUCUGUGAGCAUUACUUCAGACAGAGGGGUUAUGACUUCAAGUUAAGCAAUGGGAGGAUUGUGGUGGUCAAGCGUGAGAAAUGGCAAACUCGAAGACGAAGACAAGGCCAGAGGACAAUCCUCUUUGAACCAGAUCCAUCUCUUCAGAUUGUCCCACGAAAGCGUACCCCAAAAGGGUCUGUGACUUGGACUGGACUGGGUUUUGUGCGAGUUCGGGAUGGGACAGGACUCAGAUUUACUGUGGCAGAUAUACCAUCAACCCUUGACUACUACAUAGCUGUCCGCUAUGAACCGGAGUCCACAGAUGACUGGGAAGCUAUUGUGAAUGUAUUAUCUUUUGGAUCAGGAGAUGGACAUUGUCCAAAUGACCCAUCAGACAAAAUGUUUACUCUUCCAGGUUCUAGAAGGGUAGCCACUCUGAAUUCUCCAGUGUGUCUCAGCUAUGGUGAUCAAUACCACGUGGACGUCACUUUUAGGAAGCAGCCUAAUGCCGAUCCCCAGUCCAGCUCAUACAUUCUUAUUGACUCAGUUGGCCUGAUUCCCAAAGUGGAUUCCCUCCCAAACUUUUGCUCAAAGUCAACCCUAACUCAGUUUCAACAAUACCGCUGUGUUAAGUUGGGAACACAGGUAGGGGAGGACACACUUCCUGAAGUAUGUGAGAAGCUUAUUGGAAGUAUUUCUGCCAUAAUCCACAAUGGAGCAGUGUCUUGUAACUGCCAUUUUGUUGGAGCAUAUGACUCAUCCUGCAGUAAAUUCACUGGACAGUGUGAAUGCAAACCCAAUGUUAUUGGCCGCUGCUGUGAUUCCUGUGCCCCUUUGACAUAUGGGCUUGGACCCAACGGCUGCUCACCAUGUGACUGUAAUCCAUCUGGCUCUACUGCUGAGCUGUGUGACCAGAGAACCGGUCAGUGCAUGUGUCGAGAUGGGGUAACUGGCCGCCGAUGUGAUAAAUGUUACCCUGGUUACUAUGGGUUUCCCCUGUGCAGACUUUGCCAAUGCAACAGGCUGGCUGACAUCUGUGACCCCAUCACUGGAGUCUGUCUGGACUGCAGGGAACACUCCACAGGACACAACUGUGAAAAGUGUAAAGAUGGAUAUGUUGGUGAACCUGUUUCUGGGCAGCCAUGUGAGCCAUGCUUAUGUCCAGAUUUGAAAGAAAGUGGACGUUUCUUUGCAAUUACCUGCAACAAAGAUGCAAAAUCUAUAGCCCCAUACUGUGAAUGCCUGCCUGGACACAAAGGCCCACUCUGUGACACAUGCGCUACAGGUUACUUCGGUGACCUGAGGUUGCCUGGUGUCCGAUGUGAGGAGUGUUACUGCAACAAUAACAUUGAUCCUCGUGAUGGUGAUGCAUGCAAUGCUGUAACUGGCGAGUGUUUGCGCUGCUUACACAACACAGAGGGAGCACGCUGUCAGAGCUGUAAGCCUGGAUACUAUGGCAAUGCACUGGCGCAAGACUGCAAAGCGUGUUCUUGUGACCAGAGAGGCACGGAGGUCAUAAAGUGUCCUGCUGGAAGCCCCUGUUUCUGUGACCAGGAGACUGGCCAGUGCCCAUGUCUCACAGGUGUCAACGGAGCCCUUUGUAAUGAGUGUGAGGAUGGAUACUGGAACCUGAACGGCGAGUCUGGGUGCGAGCCCUGCAAUUGUGACCCAGAGCAUGCAUUCAGCUAUAUCUGCGACAAGACCACAGGCCAGUGUUUCUGCCAGCCAGAGUAUGGAGGCAGACAGUGUGAUGAGUGUGGACCGAAUCACUUUGGAAACCCAGAUAUACAGUGCAUGUCUUGUGACUGUAACAUGGAGGGAACUAUUUAUCCAGCUUGCGACCCUUACACGGGUGAGUGCUUGUGUAGGCCAGGAGUGACUGGCCUUUUCUGUGAUGAGUGCGCUCCGAGUCACAACACCAAUUUUCCCACAUGUGAGCCCUGCCAUGCAUGCUACCAGCUCUGGGAGAAAAGCAUCUCAGAUGUCACACUAGAUGCUGAGAGGAUCAAAACUAUGAUGCCUUGCCCAAAGGACUUUCAGCCUAGAUCUGAUCUUGAAGCGUUACAGAUAUUGUUGGAAAAACUACAGAGUCUGCCUAACAUAACUAGUAAGGAUGAAAUGGAAAAAUUGGAGGAGCUCUUGGCACGCAUUAGGAACGAAACCGAGACCUUAGAUCCUAAUAUAAUAAUUAUCGAUCCUACCACACUGAUCAACACUGACAUCGACAACAUCCGCCAUGAGUUCAACAGGGUGUUAAAGAAUCUCAAAGAGAAGACAAAAGAGGUUCCAGUAACAGACAUGAAAGCUCUAAAUGACACUUUGAAUAAUAUCAAAAAGCUCUAUGGCGAGUUCACUGAGAAUGAGAAGAAAGUGGAAGCUGCUAAGAAGGUCCUAGAUGCCUCCAGGAAGACGAGAGAAAAUGUCACACUGGCGCUUGCCAAGUGUCGAAUAGGAAUGAUGGACAAGCUUGAGAAGAAAGUGAAAGCUCUGAGUGUAGCCAAACUCAACGAGGAGAUCUGUGGAACUCCUGGUGAGGUGGAAUGUGAAAAAGCAAAAUGUGGCGGAGCUUCAUGCGGAAAUUGUGGGGGGCCUGGCUGUACAGGGAGUUUACCCAUCAGCCUCAAUGCCUCCAAACUGGCAGAGAUGACCGAGAAGAACAUUACUGAUCUCCGCAGUAAACUCAGGGAAGCAGAUGCUAAGCUCGUCAACACCACGAAAAUGACUGAUAACAUCAAAGAUCAAGCAGAGGACCUGAUGAAUAAAAUUAAUCAGACUAAGAACAAAUAUGAGAAGGAGAAGAAUGACAUCAAGAACCUUAUAGAGAAGGUCAAGAACUACCUCAGAGAUGAGCUGGUGAAGCCAGAGGACAUUGAAAAACUGGCAAAUGCUGUGUUGUCCAUUCAGCUGCCCAAGUCCCCUGAUGAAAUGAGGAACAUGAUUGAGGACAUCAAGAACAUCCUGGCAAAUUUCAUGGAUGCUAAUGAGGAUCUGGAGAACUUGGAGAAACAAGCCAAAAUAGCUGAAAACAUGAAAGAGAAGGCUAAAGAAAUCUUGAACAGAACCAAGGAAAUUGAUGUGAGGGAGUUAGAGAAAGUAUUGAAUGAUACGGCAGAGCUCGAUGACAAGAUAUUCAUUGCGCUGUUCAAGGCUGCAGAAAACAAUGACUAUAUCCGUUACAACAUUAACAUGACUAAACGUGAACUAAAUAAUAUUGAGGAAAAUUUGAUGUCGACCCGUGCCAAAGAGUUACUGGAUGAAAUUACGGCACUGAAGAAUAAGACAGAAAUGAACAGAGCUCAGGGAAAGGAGGCCAAAGCUGUGGCCGAUGCAGCGCUUACCAGCGCCAAUGACACUAACAUGGAACUUGAGGAGCUCAAAGAUCAGUUUGAAAAAUUGAAAUCAGGUAACAAGAACCAGAGUGUUAAUGAUGAGGUUAAUGAACAUCUGAAGAACAUCACAAGUGAGGCAGAAAAUGUGGCUAAAGAUGUUGAAGAUAAAUUGAGACAAAUUGAAGACUUAGAAAAAAGGAUUCUGGAUGCAAUCCAAAGAAAAGAUGAGAAACUGAAAGAUUUGGAGGCACUCCAGGAGGAGGCAAAUUAUUUGAGGGACUUCAUUGUUGACAAGGUGGAUAAAUUCAGUUUGUGCUCCACUUAGGCCUGCAAAGGCUUCCCUUCCUCAAAAUCAGAGGAAGCACUCUUAAGAUUUUGCCACAGGAGAAUGCUGAAGGCAAUUCUGGACAAAACCACCUCUGACUUGGAUCAACUCAAUCCUUUACAGGUUUAUUUGCUAACUUUCUGUUUACAAUUCAGUGCUACAAACUGGAUCUCAUCAAGCACCAGAGAUACCUUGUGGUCAGAUUCUGGUUCUGUCCAGUUUUUAACAUGAAAAUAGAUAUGUUUUAUUUUUAAUAUGCAUAUAUCAUCUCACAAUAAUGGUGUAAUCUGAUGUUUUUCAUUAUUAAUUUCUUUAUAUUAUGUUUUAAGGCAGUAAUCCCAAAUUAUGCAGUAGUCCUCCAAAGAAAAUCUCACAAAGGGAAUGUAUAAUUUAGACUUUCCACAAGGGGUCUCAGGAGUACAAACUGAAAAGCGUAAUGCAUACUGUAAGCAAUGCAUCCUACUGAUUUUAAGUAAAGGAGAGGUACAUGUGGUGGAAACUAAGUGUAAUACAAACACAUACUGACAAUACUAAUAACGUUUUGGCUGUGUUUUAGAGGGUAUCUGCUCCUUGGUGGUGUAUGCAAGCAGAACAAGGGGUGUAUAGGAGAGAUGCCAUUUUUUUCUUGUUUAAAUCAAUUGUCAAUUAGAUUAUGUCUGAACAUAUUCCUAAAAUUGAUAAAUGAAAAGGUAAAGCACUUCAAACGCUUUUAAGUAUUUUGCAUGUUUUGUUUGUUAACUUUCCUGCAUCCUGGAUAAGUUAUUUAAACCUUAAUCUACUUUAGGAUUACUUUUCAGUUGUACAGCCUUACAGCUGCUCCAUGUGCAAUAAGAUAAGACAGUCAUAUCUACAUAGAACGCCUGCUGAUUUUGGAAUGUGUUCGUUUGUCUCUCGCAGGAGGUAGAAGUUCUGUCUCUUUUGUGCUGUGCUGUUAACAGCCAUUCUGUUUACUGUUGACUUGCAAAACCAACAGAUCGUUAUUUCAUUGAUCUAUCCAAGUAACACCCCCACCACACACACUUUAGUUCUUGAGACACAUUUGAUCUGAUUUCAUCUUCAUUUUAAGCCACCAAGAUGUUGGAAAUGACCUGACAUGGUAUUGUCUUUUCACUGCCUUGCAACUUGGAUCAUUACACUAAUUUAUCUCAACCAAGACAACCACAAGAUCCACGUCAGUUCCACAUGAACCUCCUGCCCCCCCCCCCACUUACCUUUAAUCAACCUAAUUACUGAGGAAUUCCUCCCAUUUCACUGAUCACAGGUCAGAUCAUUUCAGGUUAUAAUCUUUGGAAGAAUAACUGUAAACAAAAUUGUUGUUAGGGAGUGUCCGUGAGAAGUUUAACAUUUGUGAAAUGUGAUUUUUAUCUUGAAUAAAAAUG